AGCUGCGGCGCUGGAGGAGAACAGCAGAGCUCUCCGCGCACAUCUCCAUCCAUCUGCCCACACCUGACCCACGAUUAUCGUCGGCUAUGCGUGCGCCACGUGCUGCUGCGAUGUCCAUCAUGGUGCCCCCACUGCUGCUCCUCCUCCUCUCCGUCUUGUUGCCGGGCGACAGUUGCCGGGCGGCGGACAUACCGGAGGACAUCACGGCGGAGUUCUCGGUCAGACUGUACCAGCGGCUGCAGGCCAGGGUGGGCCAGGACAACAUCAUCUUCUCCCCCCUGAGCGUGGCUGUGGCCCUGGGCAUGGUGGAACUGGGUGCCCGGGGUGACACGCUGGAGGAGAUCAGGCAGGCGGUGGGCUUCAGUCAGAUGAUGCCAGGAGUGGAGUUCUCUCUGCUCCAGAACCUGACCACAGCGCUGUCAGAGGACGAUUCUCAGUACGUGGUGAGGUUUGCCAACAGCCUGUACCUGCAGCAGGGCGUGUCCUUCAGCCCUGAGUUUGUGCACCUCAUGAAGAAGUACUUCAAAGCUCAGGUGGAGACUGUGGACUUCAGCCAGUCUGCUGCAGUGGCCCAGCACAUCAAUCACUGGGUGGAGAACCACACUGAGAGUAAGAUCCGCGAGCUGUUCUCCCCAGAGGACUUCAACAGCUUGACCCGUGUGACCCUGGUGAACGCCGUUUACUUCAGGGGCUCCUGGAAAAACCAGUUCCGACCCGAAAACACACGCACCUUCUCCUUCAGCAGGGAUGAUGGCUCUGAGGUGCAGACGCUCAUGAUGUACCAGCAGGGGGACUUCUCCUACGGUGAGUUCAGUGACGGUUCCCAGGAGGCGGGCGGAGUGUACCAGGUCCUGGAGAUGCCGUACGAGGGAGAGGACAUGUCCAUGAUGAUCAUCCUGCCGCGACAGGAGGUGCCUCUGGCCACGCUGGAGCCCAUCAUCAGAGCCCCCCUGCUGGAGGAGUGGGCCAACAACGUCAAGCGCCAGAAGGUGGAAGUUUACCUCCCCAAGUUCAAAGUGGAGCAAAGCAUUGACCUGAAGGAUCUGCUGCAGGAGCUGGGAGUCAAGAGCAUGUUUAGCAGCAGCGCAGACCUCUCUGGGAUGACAGAUGGGAGGGAGUUCUACAUCAGCAAGGCAGUGCAGAAGGCCUACCUGGAGGUGACGGAGGAGGGGGCAGAGGGCGCGGCUGGCUCAGGAAUGAUUGCCCUAACUCGGACUCUGGUGCUGUACCCACAAGUGAUGGCGGAUCAUCCCUUCUUCUUUGUCAUCAGAAACAAGCAGACAGGCUCCAUCCUGUUUAUGGGCAGGGUCAUGACCCCCGAAGUGGUGGAACCCAUCGAGGACUUUGAUUCGAUAUAACUUUGGUGUGCGGCGAUCGCCAGCUCACAGCCAGAUCGGAAUUUCUGACAUCAUAAAACGCUACCUAUCCUCUCUCACAAUCUUCAGCUGUGUUUUAUACUCUUUCACAGAUGUUCUACGGUAAAUUCUAUAUUGAAAUACUAAUAUGUGAAGUUUUGAUACUGGAAGCUUUAAACACUUCGAUACAGACAUGCAGAAAGUGUAAAUAAUCUCUCAUUCAGCUUGUUUGUAUAUGAGAAAGAACACAACAGUAAACCAGGGUAUCUCCAAGGUUUAAAAUCAAGGUCAUAAAAGUAUACAUGCAUACAAAUGAAAUGUUUUAUUAAAGCAAAGGCCCUCCACAAUAUGGCUUUGAAUUCUAUUACAAGUAGUAUUAAAAUGGUCUUGAGUUUUACCUGAAAAACCAUGGAGGUACUCUGCAGUUCAUGCGCAGCCCUUUAAGUUUUGCAGCUUAGUAGUUACUUGCACCCUCAUAGAAGAUGCACAAAAUCUCAACAGUAUUUAAUCUUUUUACUUACUACACUGUAAACAUUUAACCUAUUUUAUUAUUCAUGUACAUUUGGCAGUGUGUUCUAUAUAUAUGCGAAGUAUUUAUUGCUGAAUAAACAUUUUGUCCUUA